CAUUCCACUAUCACCCACAUUCAUUUUCCUUCAUAAAAAGCACUAACAUUAUGAAAUUUCACAAGGAAAACCAAACAUGUAUCUAUUAUACAAAAUUGUUUUCUUAUUAAUUCUAAGCACUUCAAGUGCAAAAUCAGAAGACCCUUUAGGGGAAUUUUGCAAUAAAAACACAAACAUUAGCACUGGAGGAAAAUUAUCAACUAAUAUUGAUAAACUAUUGUCUCAAUUAGCCCUUCAAACUCCUUCAACUUUCUUUGUUGCUACAACAUAUGGUAAUAGCAAAGAAAAAGUUUAUGGCUUAGCUCAAUGUAGAGGAGAUAUUAAUACACAAGAUUGCUCCAAUUGUAUUCAAGAUGCGACAAAACAAAUCCGACAACGUUGUCCGAACCAAGCCGACGCAAGAAUUUGGUAUGAUUAUUGUUUUAUAAGGUAUAGUAACAAGAGUUUCAUUGGUGAAGUUGAUACAUCUUUUGGUAUAUUUUAUUUCAAUGUUGAAAAUGUAACUGAUUCUGAAGUUUUUAACAAGAAACUUGGAAAUUUAAUGGAUCAAAUAAGAGGAGAAGCUGUUAUGGUUAAAAAUAAAGGGCUUGGAAAGGGAAAAACUGUGUUGUCACCAUUUGUGACACUUUAUGGAUUGGUUCAAUGUACUAGGGACCUUGAUGAGAUUUCUUGUGCUCAAUGUUUGGCUAUUGCAGUGAACAAUUUUCAAACUUUUUGUAGCAAUCGUAAAGGUUGUAGAGUGUUGUAUAGUUCUUGUUAUGUUAGAUAUGAACUAUACCCUUUUUUCUUCCCUCUUGAUUCAACCAAAACAAGACCUUCUAAAAUAGGAAAGGUUAUUGUUUAUCCUUAAAAAUAUGCCUAAAUGUUCUGUCAUACUAAAAAUAUAUAGCAUUCUAGAACAUGGAAUUUGUCUGUAUUUGAAAAGAAGACUUUGUGUCAUAAAAAAUAAGCGGGGAAAAAGGAAGUUGAAGAAGAAUAAGAUGAAUUUGAAGAAGAAUAAGACUUUGUAUGUAUUACUCAAACUAUGCAGGGAUCAAAAGCUUGAUCUAUGUCUGAUGUAUGUUAUUUAUAUCAAAUUAUGCUUGUUAAGCUUGUUAUGUUU